AUGAAGGCCCUUCGCAGGUCGAUCAAGGGCGAAAAGGAAUCCAAAGUCCAACACAUCUCGAUAACGCCGAAGUCAGCCGUCGCGAUAAUCCCGCCCAAAAAGGUUAUUCGCGCACUGUACGAUUAUGAGGCUCAAUCAAACCAAGAGCUGGGUUUUCAAAAGGGCGACUUCUUCCAUGUGAUCGGCCGGGAGAACGAUACGGAUUGGUACGAAGCAUGUAACCCCGCGUUGGAGAAUGUUCGGGGCUUGGUACCGGUUGCGUAUUUCCAGAUUCUGGGUAAGACUGAAAGAGACAGUGGGCAAUCGGACAAGUCUCCCCAGCCGAUCAGACAACCGGAUCACGACUCAGGAUAUUCCGAUACAUCAGGAUCAGGGACUCUGGUAGGAACAGACAAUGGCCCGCGGACGUCGAAGUCAAGCAAGGGUACUGGCGCGAUGGUUUACGGUGUUGUGAUGUAUGAUUUCGCUGCGGAGCGGCCUGACGAACUCGAGGCAAGGGCUGGAGAGGCAAUCAUAGUCAUUGCGCAAUCGAACCCGGAAUGGUUUGUGGCCAAGCCAAUUGGAAGGUUGGGAGGACCAGGAUUGAUUCCAGUGUCCUUUAUUGAGAUUAGGGAUAUGACAACUGGCCAGGCCGUGCCAGAUCCGCAUGAGGCUGUCCAGAAAGCGGGUGUGCCAAAGGUAGAGGAGUGGAAGAAGAUGGCAGCGGAUUAUAAGAAUAGCAGUAUUACGCUAGGGAAGUUCGAAGCGCCAACUUCUCAGCAGCAACAGCAGCUGGAGCAGGGCAUGGAUCGACUGAGUUUGCAGCAGGGUGGCCGCCAAAAUCAGGCCAAUGGUCAAGGCUAUCAGCAAGGCAGACAAUCUCAACAAGCCAGGUCUGUCCAGCAAAUGCCGCAAAACCCGUAUUUCCAGAAAUCAGCAUCACAACUCUAUGCUCCUAUCUCUGCUCGAAUACCUCGAUACUGUUUUGCAGAAGACAAAUAUUGGUUUGUCAUUGAAGCAGUACUGGAAGAUGGACGACAUUGGGAGCUGUCUCGUUACUAUGAGGACUUUUAUGACUUCCAAAUUGCGCUUCUAACAGAGUUUCCAGCAGAGGCCGGCAACACUGGCACUCAGAAGAGGACGCUGCCCUAUAUGCCAGGGCCUGUCAACUAUGUCACAGAUGCGAUUACUGAAGGCAGACAACAUAAUCUCGACGCUUACGUUAAGAAUCUCCUCACCCAGCCGCCUUACAUAUCCAGAUGUACCCUGGUAAAGCAAUUCUUCGCACCUCGGGAAGGAGACUACGAAAUAGACCCAAAUGCUGUUAACGAGGAGUAUCGAUUGUCAGGAGGGUCCCAGCAAUCUUCAAAUGGGUCUCCAACACACGCUGCAUCGCGGCAAUCAUCACGUGGCAAUCUGAAUGGUGCUGCUAAUUCUGGUCUCUCAGCUGCCCCUGCGCGUAAUCCUGCCCAUCAAAAGGGCCAACCUUCACUCUCCGCAAAUGGAAAUGGCGGAAGCAAUGCCCCGUCGCGCCAGAACUCAUCUCUUUCUCAACCAUCGAGUAACUCUCUCUCCCUUGCCGGUCAGAACGGCCAACAACAACCCUCAGCCAUGAAAGUCAAGAUCUAUUACGGUGAUGAUCUCAUUGCUAUCCGGGUGCCAACAGACAUCAGAUACCCACAACUUUAUGAGAAGAUCCGGGAGCGUCUGAAGAUCCCUCAAGGGGAAGAGAUGGCUUUAUACUAUAAGGAUGAACCCAGUGGAGAACGGCCAAGCCUGAUGAGCAACAAUGAUCUGGACUUCGCCCUCAGGAGGAACGAAAAACUCAUCGUUUACGUCGAGUAUAACUGA